GUAGAAUCUAAAGUAGGCGUGGACCGAAGCUAGAGAGAUGUUUAUGUUAUAACGCCUCUUCAGUAUUUUCCUUAGUAUUAAUAUUUUAAAAUAGAUGCUUUAUUAAGGUGUCCAAAAAUGUGGAAAGGAGUGUUCAUUUACGCUUUGAUAUUCGUCAUAGGGGUUUUCUGCCAGUACGAAUGGCAGGCGAAAGACUCAUUCGACGAGGUGAAAAGGCAAAUGGACAAAGUAAACAAGGAUAAUUGCGAGAUUCAGAAACUUUUCGACCUCUUCCUCCCCGAAGAUUCCGUCUCGCAUCUGCCCGAUUUGAAGGAGAUCAACAUAAACCCCGUUUUCCCGAACAGGACCCAGCUCCUGCACCUGCAGAACCUGGCCCUGAGCCGGGCCUUUUUCUACAGCUACAUACUCCAGGCCAGGUUCAUCCGUCCAGCCAUCAACGACACGUACGAUCCGGGGAUGAUGUAUUACUUCCUCUCGACAGUCGCAGACGUCUCGUCCAGCCCUUACAUAAAUGCGAGCGCUAUUUAUUUCUCACCGAACAUGUCAUAUUCGCCCUCCUACAGGGGUUUCUUCAACAAAACAUUCUCCAGAUUCGCCCCAAGAACGUACAGGGCUGAUGAUUUUAAUGAUCCGCUGCACUUGGAAAGAAUAUCAACUUUGAACACGUUCAACGUACAAGAUCUAGGAGCAUUCUCUAAUGAAAGCCUCACCUAUGAUUACACGACGGAAUAUUACAGGAUAAACGAAUGGUACAAUCUUUGGCUGCCAGAUGAAUCAGUAGGAAAAGGAAGGCAUGAUACUAAAACUACGUACCAAGUCGAGAUCCGCUAUGCCAAUAAUACUAAUGAAACAUUUACUUUCCACGGUCCUCCAGGUGCCGAUGAACACCCUGGCCCUGUUAAGUAUACAAGGCCGUAUUUUGACUGUAACAGGGCAAAUAAAUGGCUCGUCGCAGCUGUUGUGCCCAUCGCAGACAUUUACCCGAGGCACACCCAGUUUAGACACAUUGAAUAUCCAGCAUAUACAGCAGUUUCAGUUAUUGAAAUGGAUUUUGAGCGUAUAGAUAUAAAUCAAUGUCCGACAGGAGAAGGAAAUAGUGGUCCUAAUCAUUUUGCAGACACAGCCAGGUGUAAAAAAGAAACAACAGAGUGUGAGCCGAUUGACGGUUGGGGAUUUAGGAGGGGCGGUUACCAGUGCCGUUGCCGUCCCGGGUUCAGGCUACCAACCGUCGUUCGAAGGCCAUUUUUAGGGGAAAUACUUGAAAGGGCGACAUCUGAACAAUUCUAUAACGGUUUUGACUGUCUUAAAAUAGGAUGGAAACAUAAAUUGCCCAGUAAGUGGGAGAAGGCAUUACCUUACAUUCGGGCUGAAGAGUUGGAGAAACAUUAUGAGUACGUUAAUAAAAGUGACAAGAUUAAUCCGUUUCAAUCUAGAAUCCUUAAUAUACACGAUGCUCUAAAUUUUAUCUACGGUGUCAAGCCUUCAAAUUGUAAAAAGUAUAAACCACAAGAUUUGCAACUUAUGGGUAGCGUUAGCUUUGGCGCCGAAAAAUUUUUUGAGAACGAAGCAAAAAUGGCCGUCCGACUGGCAAAUUUUAUAAGUGCGUUUUUACAGGUUUCGGAUCCGCAAGAAGUCUAUUCUGGGAAACGUGUAGCAGACAAACCUCUCUCAGAGGAUCAGAUGAUGGGAGAAACGGUUUCGUUGAUCAUGGGUGACAGUAAGAUAUGGGCUGCUGGGACCUAUUGGGACAGGAAUAAAUUCACAAACCGUACAUAUUUCGCACCAUACGCCUACAAAACUGAAUUAAACAUAAGGAAGUUCUUUCUAGAAGAUCUUGCCCGUUUGAAUAAAUCAGAUGAAGUCUACACAAAUAAACCCUGGUUUCAGUUUUUGAAGGAAAGAUGGUCGACUAAUUUUGAUUCUUUAGAAAAAUACAACAUGAAAAUAAAACUUAGGUUUACUGAAACUGGCGAUCAUUUGACAAAAUAUGAACACUACCCAAAUUACUACAGGGCUGCAAAUUUUGAUCAUGGGCACUGGACCAAUCCUUACUUUGAUUGCGAUGGCAAAGUGAAAAAAUGGCUGAUUACUUAUGCUGUACCGUUUUUUGGCUGGGAUAGCCUUAAAGUUAAAUUGGAAUUUAAGGGUGUAGUGGCUGUAAACAUGGAUCUACUUCAACUGGAUAUAAAUCAAUGUCCUGAUAAAUAUUACACACCAAAUGUAUUUAAGGGCACGCAUAAAUGUGAUAUGAAGAAUUCAUAUUGCGUGCCGAUCCUGGGACGAGGAUUCGACGCAGGUGGCUAUAAGUGUGAGUGUCUCCAAGGCUACGAGUAUCCGUUUGAAGAUCUCAUCACGUACUAUGAUGGACAGUUGUUGGAAGCAGAAUUUCUGAACCUGGUCGUGGACAAUGCCACAAGGUUUGACAUGCUGAAGUGCAGAGUUGCAUUUGCGACGAGCACACAGGGUAGCCUGAUCGUUUUGUUAACACUUUUCUUUACGUUGAGACUAUUAUAAUUGUAUUAUUAUGAGACUUUUAUUGAAUUUAGAUUUUUUUUUAAUAUUGAAAAGCAAUUUUAUUUAGUAUUGUUAAAUAAAUUAGAUCUGAUUAAAAAUCAAGUAGACUUAAGCGGACCUAGUUCCGUUCUUGUAUAAUGUAUCCGUCCAAAUUUUUGAUAAUAGAGCACAAUAUUGUUGAUUUCUAAGGCCACAAGAGGUGAAGAAAAAUAGCUAUUCUUGGAAGUUUAUACAAAGUAUUGCAAAGAAUCAAAUAUAUUUUUUAUAUGUAAUGUUUUGUAUGUUGUAUGUAAGGUAUUUAUGUUAUGUCAAUUUUAUUACUAUCAUUUUUUUUUGGGGGGGGGAGUUAUGUUAACAAACAUUUC